AUGAUCGGAGUGACCGAAUCGACUACGAAGACAACAGGGGGUGUCCCGCGAGCCUCGCCCGGAGGCGGCUCGACAGCGCGUGCGCCCACCGCACCCGCAGUCGUCGAGUAUGUAUCCGCUCGCGAGAGCGAGCAGUGA